GAGCACCGGUUCACGUGUGCGGAGGGCGCAAUUGCUGUGGUGGACGCGAUGAGUUUCUGAAGAAGGCUGAGGAGCUGGUUUCAGACUGCAUCGUAGCGCCCCUGCCCCAGCCGGCGCUGAACAAGUGGACGCGCCUGGGGCCGACCAUUGCGCGGGUGACGUUGAUGUCCCAUUUUUGCGGACUUCUAAAGCACGCCAUGCAAAAAGAGUUUGGGGGGCUCGCAGAGCGGGUGCAUGGUGAAGAUUCAGUGGACGAGCAGGCCGAGGCUGUUGGGCUUCCUCUGGACGAAAGAGCAGCUUGGAAGCGGGUUGCGGACAAGCGGCGAGUGAAGUCUGUCGAAUUUGUGGCAGAUAAAGAUGCCAGCUGGGGCAAUCUUGUGUGGCUGGUGAUCGCGAGCCCGAUGCUGGUCUUGCACUGGAAGCUUUUCAAGCAUGCAAAGUGGUGUUCCGAAGCGGAUUCGACAAAUGAAGAACCAGGUCGCAUCCUGAAGCAGUUCUGUGUGCCGGCACUGAACCCGGCAGCGGAUGUCAUCGACAAGCUGUUCGAGCUUCUCAGGGUGCCCAACGAGCGAUUGCGCUGCGUGUGUUUCUUUCACGGCCCGUGCACGCAAUGGCCACCUGCUCGCCAGCGGGCUUUUCAGCAGCUCGUGCUGCUGGCGGCCGGUCAAUUGUGGCGCAAGCUUGUGCUGCCUUGGCAAGCGUACCCGUGGAAGAUGUGGCCAAUUGUUUGGGGCGAAACUGAGGACGAACGAUGCUGUGCAGCCGUGCGAUUGCUCGCAGAGCGGGAUUGUUGCUUGGACCAGGUUUUCACCCAGAAGCUAAAGUCGUUGGUGCCGGACCCAGAGACUCUGGCAUCGGAGUCGACGCGCGAAUUCUUGUCGUGUUGUUUCACACGUUUGGUGGUUACUUCCACCUUUGUCGAGCGGCGCUUUGCCAGCUACGGGGCUUGGAACGCCAGACGAGCAGCCACGUGCCGGCUCCCGAUGCUUGUGGCCAAGCACGUGACAAGCUGCCUGAAGGAGUUCGUAGAUCGCUGGCGACAGCGGGAGCAAGCAAAGGAGAAGCGGGGUUCCAACUGCCGCCCGGUUUGGCAGGAGUCAGCGGUAAAGGGCAUGCGACUGACAGGCCUCCACGUAUUCACCCAAGAGUGCAGGAACAGGCAGCAAAACGUGUUGCAAGGGGGGGGCGCCUCGUGCUCUAAUUUUCUGAGCGAAGUGCGCCAGCAGUGGUCCGAGCUGAGCAAGGAGGACCAGUCGCAGUACUCCCGCCAAGCCAAGGAAAGAAAUGCCAGAGCCAGAGCUUUUGCGAUGGCCGCAGAACAGGAGGAGGAGAAGACAGGCGGGCCAUGGGGGAUGGCUUCCUUGCGUGGCCAGUGGCCGUUGCAGGAGGAGUUUUUGAACUCCGUCAUGGAAGGCAGUUCUUUCCAGGAGGUUGGUGCCCAGUGGAGGACGGAGCACAGUAUGGAGGAGGGGGAGUACGAGAACGUGUCAGACCCCUUGGAGCAGGCAGUCCGUUUGUUUCCCCGGUGCCCGCCUGGCAUGUGCGAGGCGGGCCUUACGUCGGCACAAAGCGCAGCCAAGACGCGUCUGCAUGCCAACCUCUGCACCUUGGUGCAGGCACAUUACCCAACCGCUGACAAGCUUGGUUCGGGCGUACUGGUAUUGCGGUUCAAGUCCGUCUGCCAAAAGGUUGCGAUGGCUUUCGCUGUUUGUUUUGCGACACGUGAGAAGCCUCCGGAGUGUGCCAUGCUGCAACUGGACGCAGGCGACUCAGGCGAUGCGGUCGGCGUGCCUGCAGAGCUGUGGCUGCCUGUGUGUUUGGAGCGGGACCCCUUGCCGGGCCGGCCGCGGGAAGCCCAGAAAGCUGCAUUUUGGAGCGAUCGCGCCCUGGCUGUGCAUCUAUCCAAGCAAGCGCAAGACUGGUCCUUGAGUGUGUUGCGGCUUGGGGAUCCUGCCGGCUCCCUCUCCAAGUUGUUGGUCGUAUCAGAAGAGGAGCACACCCAGGAGGCACUAGAUGCCAAGCGACGAGAGCUGCUGUUGCAACAAGCAGCAUUACGUGCUGCCAGUGCGGCGAGAGCAAAGCAGAGACGUGAACAAAAGGGGGCAGCGCGAAAGCCUAGAGGCAAAGGCGGAAGCAAGCCGAAAGAGACAACAUCGACGAAAUCCAAGUCGAGUCAGACCUCCGAGAAGCGAAAGCGAGCCCGGUCUGCCGAUGCCGACGAAAGCAGCAGCAGUUCCCGGACGGUGCCGCCUGAGGAGUCCGAGUCAGAAAAUGAUGACGAAUCCUCGGACGACCACUGGCUGACGGAGCUUGCAGCGGAGCCGGGUCUGGCUGCGCCAGAGGCGGUUUUGCCAACACGAGUGCAGGCUGCCAGAGCGGCGGACGCGGAUCCGGGAGAAGGAGCAGCGGUUGCCGCUUCGCAGGCGGCUGCCGCAGCAGCGGACGCGGAUCCGGGAGCAGGAGUGGCGGCUGCCGUUCCAGCGAACGCAGAAGCCGUUCCGAUCCUGCCACCGCCGCCUGUUGCCGCUAGACCAGGCGGCCGUCAGAAAGGCCGUACUUGGCAGCGGCGCGGGGAUGCGUGGGGCCCUUUCACGAUCAGCCCAAUUGUGCGGAGUGCAGAUGGUCGCGUGACCGGGUAUGGUGCUAUUUGCGGGCUCCACAAAGACACAGGCCCAGACGGGUCCCGGGUCCAAUGCAAGAAGGCGGCAGCCCUGAGUUCGCGCGAAGGGGCAAUGACAGCGGAUGAGAUCCGGGUUGGGCUGAAGCGCUGGUUGAUGGCAGGUUUGCUGGACACGGACGAGUGGCCCCCAGACAGAAUGAGACGCGCGCACGUCGCUCUGCAGCUCAAGGAUCUGGAAGGGGGCCCCUCAGAGAACGAAAUGGACAGAUGGAUGGACAACUUCGUGAGUGAUGCUCUAGUCGGCCGCUAG